AGGGGAGACUGAUUGAGGGGAGUGAAGAACCGGUAGGUGGAGAUGGGCAGCCACAGAGCAUUGGGCCCGAAGAGCAUGCAUCAGUCAGAAAACCAAUAGGCAAUGGUUGAUACUUCAAGCACCCUAUGGACUAUCAUCACCUGGAUGCUCAACCACAAGCCCAUUCUGCUGGUGAUCCUGGUCCUACUGCUGUUGCUUAGCAACUGGCUGGUCAAGCAAGAGGUCUGGUCAAACAAGAUGAAGGGUCAUCCGGAGAAGACCCAGCGUAGAGCAGUGCCCUACUGGGAACAGACCCAGAGAGAACAUGACAGCACCAGAAGAUACCAGCGGCCCUGCAGUUCUGGAAAUGAAUAUAUAGAAGCUCCACUGGUCUCCGAGGGUGUCACCAGCAGCGCCAUUCUGACCGCUAAGGAAAUCGACAAGAUGCAUGCCUGCUUUGCUGUCCAAGAUAAGCUCAUGGAGAGGCUCAUGUUCAACGAGAUGAAGCUCAAAGUGUUAGAGAAUCAGAUGUUCAUUGUUUGGAAUAAAAUGAACCGAAGGAAGAGGUCGUGCCACAACCGGGCUCCUUCCCCGGGCAAGCACCUCCGCAGGCAUGGAAAUGGCUUCUCCUCCGCCUCAGGCCUCAGCUCCAAUUCUCAAGGGCCUUGUUGAAUUUUCUUCUCAUUGACUAGUAAAACCAAUAAGAGAU